GACGCCCCCUAUAUAUACCCAACCUCUCACCCCCCAGCGACCAGACUAACACUGCCACAGAUUAAUUCCACACUCUUCAAUCUUCACUCUACUCACCUCCUCGAUGCGUUUCCUACUCUCUCUUCUCCCUCUCCUCGUCCUCCUCUUCUGCUCGCUGUACUCCGCCUCCGCCGCAGGGAAACACCACCCAGCAUCAAAUAUCGUCCGUUCAUCAUGUCGCCACGCCACUUACCCCAAAAUCUGCCUCCGCACUCUAUCCAACUACGCCGGCCCCGCCAAGACCCCCCGCGACCUCGCCCAGGCCGCUGUGAACGUUAGCCUCGCCCGCUCACUCCGCGUCUCCGGCUUCCUCGCCCAGCUCUCCGCCUCCUUCAAGGGGACGAAGCUGCAGCUCUCGGCGAUCGGCGACUGCGUGGACCUGAUGUCGACGUCGGUGGACGAGCUGAGCGAGACGCUCGCCGAGCUGCACCACCUCCGGAAGGAGACGUUUCGAUUCCAGAUGAGCAAUGCCCAGACGUGGCUGAGCGCCGCCCUCACGGAUGACGAGACGUGUCUCGAUGGGAUUCAGGAGGCGAAUGUGAAGGCCAAGGCCGUGGAUGUGAAGCGGAAGAUUACGAAUUCGGCUAGGGUUACGAGCAACGCGCUGUACCUGAUCAAUCGCCUCGACAAGAGCAGCAGAUGGCCCAGAUCUGGACCUUGAUGAUGAUCUGAUGAUGGACGGCUGUAAUUCUGUCAUUAUGGGUAUCAGUGUCAGUCCAUGCCGCAAUUGGUAUCGUACUGUUUUACUUCAAGUUGUACGUAUGAUAUUAACGAGUAUAGUAAUGAUGCUA